AUGGACAAGUACAAGGAGUUUCUCGCGCUCAAUGUGCUCAACGAGGAGCGGAUCAUCAGCUAUCGCGCGUUGAGUAGGGCGCUCAAAGUACACACCCAUUUGGCCAAGCAGAUGCUUUAUGCUUUCCAUCAUGACGAAAACGCGAAAAGGCCAGGCUCAGUCCACGCAACCUACAUCAUUGCUGGAACGAAGGCUAUACAGACAGUACCACAGACGAACGGCGGCCCGAGCCAGCGCAGCACAAAUAGCUUCACACAGCCCAGCUCGCCGCCCCUCAGUUCAAUGCCGGACCAGGACGGCCAGGAGGACCAUGAAUCAGAUGAGAACAUAACCACAACACGUUUCUUGUUGGUAAGGGAGGAGGACAUGAAGGAGGCAAAGGCACAAUUCGACGAAAUCACAUCCAUCCACGUCUACACUAUAGAGCCCACUCCACCAAAGGAUCUCCAAGUCUUGACAAACUGCAAUCGGGAAAUCCAGAAAGAGUACGCCAAUGAGGAUCCACUUAAGGACUGGAGACAGUAUGGCACGAUACAGAAUCCGAACGUCAAGCGGAGGACGAACCGCCGACCUCCGCCUCCGGCUGCGCCCAUAGCGACCACAGCCGCCGCAAAGAUGGCGCCGAGACCAAGCAGCACCACAAUAGCGAAGUCUACAGAACCGCCGCCAGCGAAGCGCAGGAAGAGCAGCGAGUCUGCAGCCAGCGCCUCCCGGGCCUCCACACCGCAAGUCGAUGCUGCCGCUAUACCGCCUUCGAAACCCGAAGCCAAGGCCAAAGCACCCACCCUCAAGCGCGACAAAUCCGAUAUCUUCAAGUCAUUCGCCAAAUCGAAGCCGCCGAAGCCGAAGAAGCGGGAUACAGCCAGCUCGGCUGAAGCAACACCCGCGCCGGAAGACGAGGCAAUGAAGGAUGCAUCGGAAGACGAACAAGAGGAGGACUUCGCGCUCACGGCGCCGACGGUUGACGACAAGGCCGCACGUCAAGCGAGGAAAGAGCGGGAGGAAGCACUCCGUAACAUGAUGGAGGACGAAGACGAGCCGAUGGACGACGCGCCGGAGAUGCAAGCAGUUGCCGAGCAGCAGGCCACACUCAUCGACUCGAAAGCUGAGGAGGAGCCGGAGCAGAAGGAGGAGGUCACGGUUUCGGGAGGUAGGAGGCGAGGCAGGCGGAGAGUGAUGAAGAAGAAGACGGCCAAGGACGAAGAGGGAUAUCUCGUCACCAAAGAAGAGCCGGUGUGGGAGUCUUUCUCGGAAGACGAGCCUGUACCGAAGAAGGCAAAGGUGCCGGUGUCGAGUGGGAGCGCGGCGAAGGGGAAGAAGGGGGCGAAGGCGGGGCAAGGCAAUAUCAUGUCGUUCUUCGGCAAGAAGUGA